UGUCAUCUUAAUUUCCAAGAUGAAUUGAAGAUUAGCGUCCAAGAUUAAAAUUUAAUCGAUGGAGAAACAUAGUCCAGUUUCGAUCAGACAAAGCCAACAAUUGUACUUGGAUGACAUCAUGCAUCAUCCAUUACUUGUUCAAGAAUCGCAGAGACGGGAAGUUAAAAAGCGUCGCCACCAACCUCGAACAACAUGUUCAUAAUACCCAUAUCUCAGCAUAUAUUAUCCCAUUAUAUUAUUUAAAAUUCACAAUGGGCAUACCGUACUCCCGCGAGAUAAACGCCGCCUUUGACCAAGUGACGCCGCUCGUCGCUGCCGGCUUCAAAGUACUCAAAACCACCAAGAACAUUUCCAUCGUCCUUGCCAUCAUACAAGUCCUUACAGUAAUAUGUCUUGCAAUGAUACUUGCUGUUCUACUCGCCAUAUUGUAUUCUGUCAACCCUGACCUCGAGCAAGAGAGGAGAGAAUUGGUGACACCAACUCUGCAGCGGCUUGCGAAGGUUUCGGUACUUGGAAUCUUAGAGACCACUGUGGCGGUGGCUGUUGGGUUUGGGGGAUUUUUCUGCAUGGGCUUGGUUUUUGUAUGGGGUAGGGGGGAAAAUAAUCUUGAGAUGGAGGGCAAUGAUGAUGCGGAUAAGGCGUUGGAGGAGCUCGACGAUGACGAACCACAAGAGGUUAAAGAGGCAAGGAAGAAAAACAGGAAGGCUAAGAAAAAGAAUAAGAAACCUGAGGGAGAGGUUGCGGAAUGAGUGGCCCCGGUCCCGACUCAAAGAAGUCCAGUACGAUAUUUACGAUUUAGCAACGAUAUGAUGACCAUAUAUCCACCUCACUUAAGAAACAAAGUUUUAACCGACCAGUGGCUUUAUUAUUCUCAAUGAUAGAUCCGGAAACGGACUAAUUCUGGUACAAUUUUUGUAAUUGCAAGAAAUCGCUACAUAAUGUCAUACAAAGUUUUAUAAGCG